GCGCGGACCUCGCCGGUGACAUGGCGGAGGUGUGACGUCGGCGCGUGGCGGAAGUGCUGUCCGAGGCUGUCAUGGCGCUGCGCAGCUCCUCGGGGCCGUUACCGGAGUCGGUGGCUUCUGACAUGCAGAACAUGAAGCAGCUGUCAGGAGAGCAGGUCUCCCGGCUCUGCAGAGUCAUAUUUGGUUUUUUGAAAGAGCAGAAAGAGGUGGACAGCUUCACAGAGCAGCUCGGUGAGUUCGCCAAACAGAACGGGCUCAGCCUCGGCCCCCUGAAGAGCCUGGCGAGGAGCCUCCUUCUCAUUCUAAAUGGUGCACUGAAGCACAACGUGACCGGUGAGCAGCUGAGAGCGGAUCUUCUGGCUUUGGGACUUAGUGAAGAGAAAGCCUGCUGCUUCACAGAUGAGUGGAACAGCGACGAGCCGGCCCUGACACAGAUGGCGCUCUGCCGGACCCUGAGUGUCAAUCAGCUGGUGGACAUGGAGUGGAAGUUCGGAGUCACGGCUGCGACCAGCGAGCUGGAGAAGGCCGGAAAUAUCUUCCUGCAGCUGAAGAUGGUCGUUAAAAAAGGAAGCCGGACGGAGCCGAUUUAUGUGGAGCUCACCCUGCCCCAGUUCUACAGCUUUCUCCAUGAGAUGGAGCGUGCUAAGGGCACACUCGACUGCUUCACGUGACGCCAUGGGGGCUGGUAGAAAGGCUUUCCUGUGUAACCAGCGUUUUGGGACCAAAUCCUCACAAGCUUCUGCGCGGCCGGCGCCCGGCAGAGCCUGUAGGCCGUAGACUGUACAAAAAAUAAAAUGUUCCUUCCAGAUCCUCGAAUAGAG